AUGGAGACCAUUCUCGUAGUUGGAGCGACUGGAAACAUUGGCGUGUCGGCUGUCACGACUGCGCUGCGUUCCGAGCGCAACGUCUUGGCCAUUGUGCGCAACCAAGACUCGGCUAAAAAGCUCGUCAAGCACAUCGGCUCGUCCGAGGGUAUUACCUUUGCGGAAGCCGACGUGACGUCCGACACCGGCUUAAAGGGCGUUGUUGAUCAGGUGCGGGCGGGCAAGCUGCCAGCCUUCCAGCAUGUGUUUACCUGUGUGGGCGGCGACUACAUUACCACCCCUCUCUCUACCAUUACCACGAGCCAGCUGCGCGACAACAUGAACAGGGGCUUUGAGGCAAACUUUUUCGCGUACCGAGACACAAUCGGCUACCUCGUGGAGCAGGGCAAGCCGGCGACCUGGACGCUGUGUACUGGAUCACAGGGCGACGCAGCCCUGUUUGCGCUUCCUGCCUUGACUCAGGGGCCGCUGUACUCGCUAGCGACCGCGGCGGCACGCGAGAACGAGGCCACCAACGUGCGCGUCAACGAGUUGUACCUCGCGUUCCGCGUCGAAGUCGACACUGACGCCGCCCAGCACGGCGUCACCAGCGCCACCGAGUUCUCGGCUGUCUACAAGCAGAUCCUCGACCGGCAAGACGUCCGCAGCUCGCGCGUUCGUGUUGAGGCUGUUGGGGACAUCACGGAGCUGAGGUUUCAGAAGAAGUUCUAG